AAAAAGAGAGAGUUCAUGGUUUACCCUGAAUUUUCCUUUUGGCAGGCUGGUCUUCUACCAGGUGUUCUGAAUAUAGUUUCUGGAUUUGGCCCAAUUGUUGGUGCAGCUCUUGCAAGUCACAUGGACGUUGACAAGCUAGCAUUUACUGGAUCAACAGACACUGGAAAAAUUGUGCUUGAAUUGGCUGCAAGAAGCAAUCUGAAGCUUAUGACAUUGGAGCUGGGAGGCAAAUCAGCUUUCAUUGUGUGUCAUGAUGCUGAUGUUGACCACGCUGUUGAACAAGCAACCUUUGCUCUCUUCUUUAAUAAGAUACGGACAAUGUUUCUGUGCUGGAGAAGUCAAAGAAAACGUGCUUUGAGACGCGUUGUUGGUGAUCCAUUCAAGAAGGGUAUUGAAGAAGGCCCUCAGAUUGACACAGAACAAUUUGAGAAAGUGCUUAAGUACAUAAGAUUUGGAACUGAAAGCAAUGCUACCCUUGAAUGUGAGGGUCAGCGAUUGGGCUCAAAAGGCUUCUUCAUCGAGCCAACUGUUUUCUCCAAUGAUAAGGGAUACAAUAAAGAAUCUUGA